UCAGCUGCAAACACACACGUAGUAGUAGGCGGAGGCGCCACACGCACGCAGGGAAAUCCGCAUCAGCUGGAGCCACACACAGUUAGCUUAGCUAGCCUUUUAGCUACAACCUCCAACAAUACUACGCAAUACUUAGCUAUGUGCAAUCGAACAUAGUACAGGAGUGUAUUUUUUAUUUAUUUUUACGGCAAGGAAAUAGAAAAAAUAGCAUCCAAAACACAGAGCAGGCUCAAGGGGUUACAGCUGAAGAUAUCUAACGUUAAGUAGCUUGGUAGCUGAAGCAUGGAAUACUUCAUGAUGCCUACGGAGAAGGCUUUACAACAAUUCAAGAAAUCGGAGAAGGAUGUUAUUGGAGGGCUUUGUAGUCUGGCCAACAUCCCGCUCAGCCCGGAGACUGCUCAGGACCAGGAGAGGCGUAUCCGCCGGGAGAUCGCGAAUAGUAACGAGCGGCGCCGCAUGCAGAGCAUCAACGCAGGGUUCCAGUCGCUGAAAACACUCCUGCCACACACAGACGGCGAGAAACUCAGCAAGGCUGCCAUCCUACAGCAGACGUCAGACUACAUCUUUGCUCUGGAGCAAGAGAAGACCCAGCUACUGCAGCAGAACAACCAGCUCAAACGCUUCAUACAGGAGUUCAGUGGUUCCUCCCCAAAGAGGAGGCGUGGGGCAGAGGAGAAGGAUGAAGGGAUCGGCUCUCCAGACAUUCUGGAGGAGGAGAAAGCCGAGGAGCUGAGGAGAGAGAUGUUGGAGCUCAGACAACAGUUGGACAAGGAGCGCUCGGCGAGGAUGAUACUGGAGGAACAGGUGCGUUCUCUGGACAUGGUGCUGCACCCAGAGAGGCUGAAGGUGAUCACCCAGCAGGUCCAGGAGGAGCAGGCUCACAUCCAGACCCAGACCUUACUGAGGCUACAGCAGCUCCACGCAGAGACCAGCGCAGAGAGGGACAGACACGCAGCACACAGCCCACAGGUGCGGUCCCCAGCCCCCACUCACCACCCCACGGUCAUCGUCCCCGCCCCCACGCUGACCCCGCACCACGUCACCGUGGUUACCAUGAGCCCCGCCUCCAACACCAGCACAGUGUCAACGUCCCGGCAGAACCUGGAUACCAUCGUACAGGCCAUCCAGCACAUCGAACGUGCCCAGGAGAGGAGGGGCAGUGCAGAGGAGGAGAGGAGACGAGCAGUCAUUGUCAGCCCUGCCCACGUCUCCAUGGAUACCACCGGCUCUGACACGGCCUCCGACAGUGAGGGAGAGGAGGACUGCUCCAUGAACUAACACAGAGAUACACAUACCGUGUUCUCUAUACAGUUUCAGACAGCAUGAGCCAAGGCUGCUCAAUGAACUGUUAGCUACCACACACACACCUAAACAUAUAUAUACACACACACCAAUACAUACUGUAUAUACACACAACGUGUUCUCUCCAGACAGUUUGAAAUCAAGGGAGAGGACUGCUUGAUGAACUGUUCGCUGCCACACACACACACCAAUACAAACACAAUCAGACAGCAUCUGACUGGUAGAGCGAAACAAUGACAUUUGUUCUACUAAAAUCCAAAUUCAAUCAUAAACCAGUGACCAACAAAUGGAACACACACGUUAGCGAUACCCACCCACUGUAGAAGACGAUCACAAAGAUUCCCUCCAGACGCCUGACUACUUUUUGAUAUAAAUGUUUCUUUUUUUGAACCUGUCUUUGGCAUUAUAAUGACUAUGGAGUCAGCCAGUAGGUAUGAUAAGCUCUGGUCAGAUUGUGUGCUUUUAAAUCACAGAUGAAGAAGUUGGCUCAAUAUGGCAGUCUAUCGUAAAGGGCUUUCCAGACCAAGCUGCAGCGGGAUUCUUUUCAGGUGGAGCGAUCGGCGUUGCUCGUGAAGGCUGCUCAGCCGAGGCGGAGAAAAUGGGUAUCUGCUCUAAUUUGGCAACCUUGUUCCACCCGAUCGCUUCCUGUCUGGAAAGUCUUUAAGACAAUAGACAGCGAUAGGUUGGCUCUGGCAAAAUACAACACAGCUGGUACUUAGCUGGAUCCCAUCAAUCACAUGAUUGAAUGAAAGUUACAGAAUAAGCUGUGUCACUAGCUCUAUUAGGGUUACAUAGAAGCAAGCAGUGGACCAUUCUCUUAACCUUUCAAAGUUGUUUUCCAUCUUUUCUAGAAGAAAAAAAGUUUUCCUAAGUGUCGGGUUUACCAAGAAGAGGAUAGUUUCCAAUUAGGUCUCUUUUUGAUUUUUGUUUAUUUCAGUGACUAUGCACUAAACAUUUUUAGGUAUUUAUGCAAUUCCAAGCUACAGUAAAUUUGUUUUAUAGUUGGGGUAGUGUUGAAUAUUAAGUGUUUUUAAAAACAUCACCCCUUCACCCAAUAUGAAUCUAUGCACCUCCCAACAAGAGAACAUAACAUGCAUACAGUAUAGACGGGUUGGUUGUCUAGCAACAAAACCAAUGCAUGCGCAACUAUGGGGCAAAACUGACAGGAUUGGCUAAGAUUGUUGACACGUAAAUUAUAUUUUGUCUCAAUGUUUAUUGAAAACAUAAAUACACUUCUCUCAAAUACAUUCUUACAGUUGUUGGUUAGCUAGCUAGUGAAUUUGAGCCAUAGUCAAAACACCUCAAAACAAGACAUGUCAUCAGUAACGAGCUGAAACGAGCCACCUACAAUUCCCCACAAGGCAGCUUCCAGGCAUUGUUGCAAGCUAUCUGACCGCUCAGAAUCAUAAUACCACACGGCCUCAUCGAUGCGUGUGCAUAAUGUUCGUGAAAUGCUCAGCCAAACCCGUCUUUGUAAACGUGUACAGUCAUAACACACAUGUAACUACAUGCAUUGAAGAAUGUAGUAUUUUUCUCUGAUGGUGCUAACAGGGAUCGUAUGCCCUCUGAGACCCCCAACUUUUACCAUUUGAUUUUGAAACCCCCCGGGGGCAUAUCCUAACCCAGCGGUUAGCGCUCAACUCCUACACAAGCACUGAACUAGAAAUUUGCCCCAGUCCCUUUCCCCUCGUACCCCUCCAUGUUGUCAGUUUGUUUUGGGAACGGGACUGGAAUCCCUGUUGUUUCUCUGGAAGCCUGGAGUCUCUCACUCACUUCCUGUGAUAUGUUGAUAUGAUGCUAAGGGUCAGGAGUUUUUCCUGAACUAUGUUUAAGGCUACAACUAGGGCCAUGAGUUUUCCUGUAUAGAUCUCGUGAUCAGGGAAGAACAGGAGUUUCUAGUAAUGCUGAAUCUGAAAUGAUGCUGUAAAAACAUUCCAUUUAUUUUGACCGUUUGUUUUCUUGUUUCAUCCCUCCAUGCUCUAUUGCCAAUGGAUGCUGUGUUCGUUUGUUUUCUUGUUUCAUCCCUCCAUGCUCUAUUGCCAAUGGAUGCUGUGUUCGUUUGUUUUCUUGUUUCAUCCCUCCAUGCUCUAUUGCCAAUGGAUGCUGUGUUCGUUUUUUCUCUUAAAUGUUAUGUUUUUCUGGAAUUUCCUUAGUCAUUGUCUACGUAUGAAACGGCCCCCUAUUCACUACAUGAGGCACUGGCCAAAACUAGUGCACUAUUUAGCAUAUAGGGUUCCAUUGUUGACGUAGCCACUGUCUACAUGAAGCUCUUCCUGUGUGAGAACUUGGCUCCAGUGGGACAUUUGGGGUGACGAAGCUAAUUCAUUUUGUGAUUCAACUUCAUAACUGGUUACAAUAUUAUGUCUAUUUAGCCUUGUCCCAGAUCUGUUUGUGCUCUUGCCUAACUCUGUUGUCAUUGUCAAGCCAAAACGCAUGACAAUUCCAUUAGGCGUUGGCAAUAGAGCAGAAACAUCUUAUUGUCUGUUGUCGGGGGAAAUUAUAAUUUUGUGUGAACUUCAAAUCUGGUUAGAAUAGUAGCUACACUUACUGACUACUGCGUUAUGUCCCAAAAUGGCACCCUAAAUAGUGAACUACUGUUUACCAGGGCCCUGGUAUAAAGAGUGCACAAGGUAGGGAAUAGGGUUCCAUUUGGGACACCGCCAGUAUCUUCAUUGUCCUCAUCAGAGAUAUUUAUCUUUUUGGUUGUUUCUUCUGUUCAGUUUUUUUAUUUUUUUAUGCUGAAGAUGUGUGCAUCAUAUUUCAGCACUGGUGUCCUGAGAGAUUGUUGGUUGUUGGAGAAUCUCUUAAUAAUCAACUAUUAGAGAUUAUUGAUAUGAAGCACUUCCCGGUCUGUACUGCCUGAAUCAAGGACGACCAUGGCGCCGCAGAUUUUUACUAUGUUGAUCAAGCUCUUUUUGCUGUGACUUAAAACCGAACAGCUGUGUUUCUCUCCUUUUCUUCAAAUAUGUUAAUUUCUCUCAUCUCUCUGCCUGCUCUCUGCAUCCCUCCUUUUGUCCUAUUUUUUUAAUUACAGACAUUUGUAUAUUUUUUUAAUUUCUUUUUUUUUGUCAGUCCAGGUCGAUGAGAAGCUGUUAUAUUUUGUUUAAGAAAAAUGAACUUGUUGGGAAAAACAGGCCUUUGUAAAGAAAAAAUACAAUAAAAUUUGUACUUUGUUUUUUAAUACAUACA